AUGUCAUAUUCUGAGGCACGACCAAGGAGUGUCGCCGAGGAACGGGCGAGCGACCACACAGUGGGUGCGUUCCUAGGGCAACUUCCCAGCGACACGCCUGUGUACUGCUACAACGAGCAAUACGCGCUAGACAGUCUCUUCCCCCCUCCACCUUUGAUUGAAGACUUCACCGUUGUUGUGAAAAGCUUUCCACCGACCAAGCUCAACGACAUCGACGUCAAUCUUGUGGCAAAAACUGAGUAUUCGACAAUACUUCACGUCAUCAUUAUUACAAUGCCGAGUCAACCCCGUGAAGAAGCGGUCCAUGGUUUUGAGGGCCUACUUUCCAUUCUGGCCCACAACAUGGGUGUUUUUCGAAAAAUCUCUAAACUUGGAUCCACUCGGAUUACUUUGCCUGACCGCAAGAAGCAGGCUGAUUGUUCGUGGAAGCCAGCAUUUCAAGCAAGACAGUUUCCCACGGUAGCACUAGAAGCUGGGUAUACCGAGACAGCAGCGAAGUUGCAAAGGGAUAUGGAACGAUGGAUCCACGACUCCAGAGGUCAAGUCAAAAUGGGGAUCACCAUUUACAUCAAACGAGGAUCCGAUAACAUCGAAAUUAAAUCGUGGGCCCCAACGUCACCACAGCCUACACUCGAUGUUUAUAUCGCCGCUCAUAAACGGCAAGUUGUGGACAGACGUGUCAACCAACAGCCGACUCUACAAGUUACGCAAAGAAUCCUGAUAAAUAGAGGAGCAAAUGGAAAUCAUAGCAUCGAGGGAGGGGGUUUGAUAAUCCCGUUUGAGACACUACUGUUAGCUCAACCUGGGCAAGGCGAAGGGGACUUCAUUUUCACCACAGAGAUGUUACUAGAUGAGUGGGCAGUGCUUAUAUGGGCUGGAAUUGACGAAGUAAAAAUGGCUAAGGCAAGAAGUCAUUAG